AAAAUUGAUGGUCCUGCAGCAUUCAUUUGUGUGACGGGUCUCGUGAGUGUGCGACAAGCUGUGAAAAUUUUCUUUUUGUGGAAAAUUUAAGGGGAUUAUUUGCAUUUGAGCAGGUUGAAAUUAGGUGCAAAGUGGAGAUUUCGUGCUGGGCGUUGCAAAUAAUAUAGAUUUGUGUGGGGUAGUGUGAAAUUAGGUGGUGAAAAUUGCGUUUGAAAAUCACAAUCGAAAGAAGAAAAGUGUCUCCUUUUGCUUCCAGUGCUGAAUCAGUGCGGAACGUGCAAAAGUGGAAGAACCAAUCGGCGUUAUCCUUGGCAGGGAGAAAAAGAAGAUUUUCCUCUUUGGAAUCGGGGGGAAAAACGCAGGGAAAACUUUGCCGACGAAGAAAAAGUCGCGUUUUCUUUGCUCCACCAAGCGUCCCACUUUGGUUUUAUAUGAGUCAGGACACGUUCUGCCGUGACCAGCACCACGGCUUCGACGACCACGUCGGCAUCCGGCAGUAGCCCCACAAAUCCCCUCAGUGAAGAAGCGCUAUGGAUGAGUGCCAAAAUGAGAUUGAUUUCUUGGAACUAGAGAAAUUGUGCAGCAUCAGCAGUGACGACGCAGUUACGACCUCAGACAUGGGUCAAUCGGAAAGUAAGAAGUCAUCCAAAAAGGCAGCAGCAGCAGCGGCUGGCCUGGAGACCAAGGGCACGGCCAUGUCCUUUGGAUUUAUGCACAAACACAAAAUACACCAUGCGUCCUCGAAGGGCACUUCGACCACGCAAGGUGCAGAUGGCACAGGACCAGGUUCGGGAACCGGCACCACGAAGAAGGCCACCGCCGGAACAAACGGGAACCUCCUGUACGGCGGUGGCGGUGACUUGGAGAAGGAAAAAGCGACGGAAAGGGACAACGCAACAGUGAUCUCCAAUCCAGGAGUGGAUGGCAUUUUUAGUGAUAAGAACGGCAAUAUGGGUCUGGCGUCUGACGACAAAUCAUCAGCGACGGGCCGGUCAACUCCACGUCUGCAGCCGCCGAAGAAGGACUCGCACGGUGCUCCGUACCGUAACAAUCGAUUUGGCUUCCGGUCGACCAACGUGGUCCGGCCAGCGUCGGUGGGUCUCCAGCCCAAAACCAUUGCCGACUGUGACAAACAGCAUUCCAACAAUAAUAAUAACUACAACAACAAUAACAAUAUCCACACCACUAACAACAACAACGUGUACAUAACGGACAAGCGUCGCUCGAAGAGUGCUUCCGCGGCGGCCUCGGCACGCACAACAUUCACCCCGGUGCACCAGCAAGCGCCAUCAUCACAAGACCGCCACUACGGUGCACUCCCCAAGCCACAACCCAAAUAUCAUCAAUCGUCGGCGGCCAACGGCAGCGCGCCAAAAAUAACUCCAUCAGAACCAACAUCAGCAUCUUCAACGACGACUACGGCAAAGGGCACGCAACAAGUGAUGGCGAAAUGCGAUCAAGCAGAGCAUAAAAAUACCCAGCAUAAUCCACCUUCGCCGUCGUCGGCGUCGGCGUCCGCACAGUUUGGCAACGGAAGUGUCGACGAGCACCGACCACAGUCAAGCGUAAAUAACGCCAACGGGCAACGGCAGUCAGUCUCGUUUGGUGGUCACCAGCAGAAACAUGUCGCAGCUAAUUCACUAACGAAGUCGACUCAGGAAGCGUCGACGGUGGCCGCCAAGUUCACGCUGCACAGCUCGAGCCUUCCAAAGCCGCAAUAUCCGGUUCCGAUUAGCUUGCCAUCGACUACGGUGCCGGCUCCUUCUCACUAUGCCAUGGACUCGAAGGGUGCCAAGCAAGCCGUCAACAUAAGCCGCAAGGGAACACUCCACCAGCGUGAUCGUUCCGGUGAUCGUCAGCUGGAUGACGAUGACACUGUGGACAGUUCGCCGAAUAUUCACAUGCCGAGGCAGCGUUUGCGCAAUUUGGAGAUGGUUCUGAGUGGUCGCCACAAGUUUGAAGUUCGUGAUUUGGAAACGCUCACGGCUGAACCGAUCGAGGCGCUUUCGUUGCCAAAGCUGCCGAGUGCUUUUGGCAGUAAUGGUCAACAGCUGCAGCCGGUACCAUUGAGUGGUCUCGUGCGCUCGUCGGAACUUCCCCGGCAGCUGAGUGACGACAUCGAUAUCAACGACAAUCGCUACGAGUCCGAACAGAUGCUGGACGGUGAAUAUGGGCUGGAACGUAAGGACUCGAUCACUUCCUCAGAUGUUGAAAGUCUCGAAGAGGAAAAACUCAUGCGAGAUAACAACUCGUCGGAGAAAAGCUUGAAGGGGGCGUUGAUUAAGGAUUUGGGCGAAUCGCACUGCAGCAAGACUUCGUCGCCAGGCAGCUCGCGGGCUUCGUGGUGCAACGCUGGUGAAACGAUGGCCCCCAAAGAGUGCAGCAGCUUGAGCUUAAGCAGCAGCGACGAGGACAACCUGAUUCGGCGGGCUGCGGCCGCCGCUGCCAACAACCGGAAGGCGCUGCGAGAGGAGGAGGACAUCAGUUCGAUUACGGUUACGGCAGGGAAUCCAUCGCUGCUGUCCUCACUGUCGGCCGUCGUCCCGAUGGACAUGUCCACCAACCUGGACAGCAUUUCCGAGGCACAAAACAGCUUCACGGAACAGGAUCUCAAUACGAUGUCGGACGAACCGGACAACAUGUUCCGCACGGAGGAAACCAAAUUUGCCGAAAUGGCCGCGGCCGUUGGCGACGCCAUAUUGCUGGACGAUGAAACGUCCCCGACGGACAGUCUGGUCAGCAGCUGCACCGAGUCGGACGAUGCGCGCAAAAAUCGCAAAAAGGCGGCCGAAACGAAGGUCGAAAAGGAGAAGGAAAAAGACAUUGACGAAAUUUCCCCGGAACUGGAGGAACUGACCAGUCCAGUUACGCCGGGAACUCCAACGCAUGCGUCCAACUCGCUAUCCCUGUCGGACAACGGGCGGGACUUUUUGAUCGACGACGAGAUUGCCGAUCAACCGGCGCUGCUGUUCGACGAGCCGGCUCACAACGAUAGCAGCAUGAUCGAUUUGGCCUCGAUCCAUCUCAAUCUCAACGAGGACACUCCGACGCUCAAGGAUUCCAUUUCGGCCGCGAACAACAACAUCAACAGAGCCGCCUCAAGAAGUGGAGCUCCGGUGCCAAAACCCAGAAAGAUCAUGUCCGACGUGUACGAAUCGCCCGCUCCAAUCCGCAAGAACCGCACCCGGCUGUCCCGCGCUGAAUCGCUGGACACACUCUCACCGUGCGACUCUAUAACAUCGGACGAUUACAUGCUGGACUUUAAUAGCAGCAUGGACUCGAUCAACGGACCGCCCCGUUCGAACGCCAGCGGAAGUGCGUCCGGUCUGCACUCGAUGGACGAGCUGCAGCUGUGGUCGGAGCUGGAGAACAAGGGCCAGCUGAUGCACGAAUGGAGCAAGCUGCUCCGAUCUCAGCGGAACAGCAACAACAACACGAGUCGCGAGAGCAUAACAUCUCAACUACCGGCCCGCGCCACCCGGCUGCUGACCCGACGCCUCCAGAACAAUGCCACCCCAACCAACUGUGGCUCGGACAGUCCUCGCUCGAUGGACAGCCUGCCGCGGCGAACGGCGGCCCUUUCGGCGGCGUACAAAACGGUCACCCUGAACCAGUUCAACAACAACAACAACAACAAUAACAUCAACGGCAGUGGCUUCAACAGCAUGACCGACUCGGCGUCGACCGUUUCCAACUCGGCCGAGGAUCUCACCCUGCUGGACAAAUCUCUGCGCAACUCGAUGCUCCAGGACGUGGUCCACUUUAAGAAGCAACUGGUGCGGCUUCGUCGGAUCUUACAGGAGGAUGAAGAAAAUUUGAUGAUGACCGACACUCUCAACCCAUUUGAGAAUAAUAAUGGGCAAUUCUUCACAACUGCUACUGCAACAACGAACGGCACCGGAAACUUGGUGGAGGGAGCGGCCACCGGAGGAGGAGGGUUAGGAGGACCCAGCAGCGUGGACAGCAAGCAGCAGGAAAACACCCUGAUCAAAGAGUCCGGCGUGGUGGCCCUGGCCCUGCUCGAGGACCAGCGCCAGGAGCUGGCGGAUCUCAGAAGACAGGUGGUUUACCUUCAGGGCGAGAUGACCGCCAAGGAUCGCACCAUCCGGCAGCAGCAGAACCUGAUUGAAAAGUACGAAGCCGAACGGGAGAAGGCGGCAUCCGCGGGGGCGACCACCAACGGCGGAGACGCCGCGGACAAGCAGUCCACUAUCGACACAAUCAGCACAGCCACCCAGACUGAGAGGCUGAGGCCACUGUCGUUUGGCGGACCGGAAGGAUUAGCCAGUCGCAGUGAACCGCCCUCGCCAUCCCACGGUCCAGCCGUCCGCAACGGGCUCCGAUCUCCAGCAACCAACCAUCAUCAUCACCAUCACCCACAUCAUAAUGGUAACAGCUCACCAGCCGCCACUUCGCUGGCCCUGGCCACGACGACGACUCCAGCCAGCCCCCAGCGCUCGGCCGCGUUCAACCUUAAGCCAAAAACGCAAAUUUCGUCCGUCUACACGCAGCUUUCUUCCAUCAAGCACUCCACCCACAACGGCAGCUCAACGGCGACCAACGGCUCGACGACGACGACAAUGGCCACCAUGGCGCACCACAAGCGGUCCUCGCUGGGCGCAUCCAAUGGGAAUCUGUGCAGCGCCAGCUCCGUCGUGUCGACCGCCUGCAACGGUGGCUCGUCAUCGCCAAACAAAACGGUCCGCACGACUCACAUUGGCAACGUGCUGACCUCGAGUAAGCUGAACCAAAAUGGAAGCAACGGCGCAACGCCAAGUUCACCGCCGCCGGUCAACGGCACUAAGCUGCUCAAGACUUCGAUUCGAACGCAGUCCUCGCCGCGCCAUCAUCCGGCCACGCCAAAGCGAACCUCCGCAAUUAAACCGCCGUCGUCGUUUGGUGGAACCUUCCCCGAGGCGUCCUCCAAGUCCAAAUCGGCGCCGGCCACGCCGAUGGUCGAACGCGUUCCGGUUCAGAUUGUGAUUGAUGCCGCCGUCGACGACGACAAAGAAGAUACCAACAACAACGAGAAUGGCCACAAUGGUGGUGGUGAUGAUGAUGCUGGGGAAGAGGGGGAACACGUGGCCGAAACGGAACUGGACGCGAUACACAAUAAGAUCAAUAGUCUUAAACUAGCAAACGGAUUGACUGGAUGUAAUGAUAGUAGCUGUAAGGAAAGUAGUUUAGUUAACUAGUUUAGUAAGAGAAUGAUUAUUUAUAUAUUUAAAUAAAUCAGCUGGAACAUCUUAACACAAUUAAGACCUAUAAAUGAAUGUGAUCCAAUAAUCUAAAUUAUAAACCGCUUACAAACAGAUAUCUACUCAAAACACACACUAAACAAGAAUCACUUAAA